GCCGUAUUCAGAGGAAGCCCAGUUAUUUAAGUGCUGGGUGUCAGAAUUCUGGAAGGACAAUUUAAGACCCUGGUUUACUUUACUAUCUGCCCAUAGGCCAGGCAGACACUGUGUACAUGUAGGCAGGCGUGUUUUACAAUCUGUCCUUGCUGGGAAGAAUAGUCUCUGAUACACGUAUGUGCCAUGUUGUGUUUUCCUUAUCUAGUCUUGCCACCAGAGUGGGUCUCUCUUCUUUCUCAUCUCCCUCCUUUGAUGGGCCAAAUAACUCGGUUUUCUUGUAGCUCCUUGCCACGUCCACCCACAUGGGAAUGUGCCAGCAGGCUAAUUCAGAUCCCUUGUCCGUAACAGACGUUUCCUUCCUUUCCUUGCAGAGCAAGAGGGACCAUCUUCUCAUGAACGUCAAGUGGUAUUACCGCCAAUCCGAAGUCCCAGAUUCCGUUUACCAACAUUUAGUCCAGGACCGACACAACGAAAACGAUUCUGGGCGUGAGCUGGUUAUUACGGACCCAGUGAUCAAGAACCGGGAGCUGUUCAUUUCAGACUAUGUUGAUACUUACCACGCUGCUGCCCUCAGGGGAAAAUGUAACAUCUCCCAUUUCUCUGACAUCUUUGCUGCUAGAGAGUUCAAAGCUCGAAUGGACUCUUUUUUCUAUAUUCUGGGCUAUAAUCCAGAGACAAGGAGGCUGAACAGCACCCAAGGAGAAAUCCGGGUUGGCCCCAGCCAUCAGGCCAAACUCCCUGAGCUGCAGCCAUUCCCUUCAGGAGAUGGGGACGCGGUGACGCGUCACGAGGAGCUGGUCUGGAUGCCUGGGGUGAACGACUGUGACCUGCUCAUGUACCUGAGGGCGGCACGGAGCAUGGCGGCUUUUGCAGGAAUGUGCGAUGGCGGUUCAACAGAAGACGGGUGUGUGGCGGCUUCCCGGGAUGACACCACACUCAACGCACUCAACACACUACACGAAAGCAACUAUGAUGCCGGGAAAGCCCUCCAGCGCCUGGUGAGGAAGCCCGUCCCCAAACUCAUCGAGAAGUGCUGGACGGAAGACGAAGUGAAGCGGUUCAUUAAAGGACUCAGACAGUACGGCAAGAACUUCUUCAGGAUCCGAAAAGAGUUGCUCCCCAAUAAGGAGACCGUGAGUAUCCCUGGACUUGAUGUAACUCGCUCCCCCCCCCAAUGCCGUUCUGCAUUCCUCCAUUUGCUCUGACGGAGUCUUUUAACCCUCGAUGGCCCUUCUGUCUCGCUUUUUGGGAUCGUCCGUGAAACUGGAGUUUCAGAUCUGCUGGUGGUUCAGAGAAGGGUUUCCCCAAACUUCUGGGGUUGACCCAAGCAUGAUUUCCCCUGUGUUGGAAGCAGACGUGGAGCAGUAAUGAAGUGUUUGGCGGACCCGGGAGGAAGGAGGGGUAAUUUAAAGGACAGCAGUGUUGAAAGCGAUUCUGGUUGCACCUCGGGGAACCGAGGUCUGUGUUGGAUGGAUGUUCCCUCCCCUAAAUCAGGGCUGGUUCUUUCAUUCUCCUUGAUUUGGUGAGUGGCAAGGCGUGGUUUGGUUGGCUGAUGUUAGGAUCGCUUCUCUUUGGCCUGCGCAAAGCCUUUUUUCCAAAGGUUUUGCUGUCAUGCUUGGAGGUGCCGGCCCGGGCUGCUGGGGGGACCCCGGGAGAGCCCUGGGCGAUUAGGAUCGGCCUCCGUCUAGCACUGAUCAUCUAGAAGCCUCUGGAUUCCUGUGGCGAUGCUACUUGCUGUAGGCCAGAGCGGCAUGAAAAAUAGGUUUUCCUCCUCUCGUGUUGUGUAGCGAAGAGCCGCCAAGCCGUCGGCAACAGAGGCAUUCAUUUCCAGGGCUCUGGGAAGUGGCAUUCUGGCUAAUUCUUAAGCCCAGCUUGGUGACAGUUUCCCACAAGACAAACUUAUGGGUUGGUUUGUCUGAACGGAGGCAGGAAGUCCUUGUGCUCGUGAGUCAUGCUUUUCAUUUAAUGCAGUAACUUGGAGCUGGAGGUUUUUUCUCCGCGAUACAAAGGGCAUCUGUUGAGCCCCUGUGUUAUGACACGAGGAUCUGUCAUUGAGAAGAAUUAAUUGCAGCGUCACAUGGAUCCGCCAGUCCGUUGGGACGAAACACUUCCUACAAAGUUGUUCCUUUUUUGUCGUGGUCGCUGGUCUGACCGACAAAUGGUUAUAAAGGGCAAACUCAUGAGAGGACGAGAACGCUUUGCAUUUUAAUGACCUUUCUCUUUGGACGAAGGUCCUGUGGAGAAAAACAGCUUUGCAGAAGUGAACAUUGCAUACAAAGGAAAGAAAGAAAGAGACACACUUACUAAACAAACAGCAUUGGCCUUUAUCCGAAGCCGCUUUCUCCCUGUAACCUUUAGAAGUAUACUGUGAGCAGAUCUUUUCUGUUUUACGUGCCUUUGAAACGAGCGGCGUAAUUUCAAAUUAUUUUGACAGUUUUUCACUCUGUGCUGGGAAACAGCUGUCAUACGUCAGCCCUGUUUUCUCUUCGCGAAAGCUGGGGGGGCGGGUUGGUGCACCGGCAGACGCAGAUAUAUACCGAUCUAUAUUGCAAUGACCAGUUGGAUAAUGGGGAAGGACACUGGACUUGUGGGACUUUGAGCUUGUCCAGAUUACAGACUGCAUUCCUCCCUCUUUUAAAAACAGACUGAAAAACAGAGCUUGGUAAAAUGCAAAUUUGGGAUUCUGUAUUCAGAGAUCUGCCUUUUUUUAAGCCCUCGAGGCCAAAACUUUUUAAGGGCCAAGGAGAUGAGAUGCUGCUGAUUUGAUAUGUGUGCAGGCCCCUCGGGCUGUAGUGGUGAGUAACCCCUGACUUUCCUGGAUGAUGGAACCUCUGCAUCCCGCUUCUUGCUUUCUCAGCUUGGCAGAGGCUAAGAAGCACAAGCUACAGGUAGUCCCCAGGUUAAGAACACCUGGGUUGC